GGUUGAGUUUGGAAUUAUGAGUUUUUUCUUUGAUAAAGACUUUCUUUUAUUAAGUCUUAGAUUCAUUGUAGUAAAAGCUUACUGGGUUUCUUGGGUUUGCUUUUGUCUCUAUGGAUUUUAAAUGUAUUGGCUAGUUACAAGCAGGACAUAGUCAUCGUUAAUCUCUUUUGUUUUGCACUUGUUGUCUGAAAAUAUGUUCCUGUUCCACAAUUUGAAUUGGCUUUUUCUUCAAAUUAAACAUUUGUGAGUUCUCUGAAUAGGAAUUGAUUGCUUUGUUUAUGAUUUAUAUUAAGAAAUGAGUGAAUAAGGAAAGAAACUUGUUUAAGAUUCAUAGUAUAGCUGUCAAAGGUGUUUGGUGGUGAUGCCAUGGCUGACUCAAUUAGUGGCUAGUUGUAACUAGAUAAGAGUUGCUGAGUUGGUGAUUCUUUCACUAUGGAUUUUGUGCAACAACACUUGUAGGGCUGUCUUUUUUUAUUAGAUAUCAUAUCCAUGUUGCCUAUCAUUUUCAAUGAGUUGUAGUAUGUUUUUGAAGUUGUUAUUGUGAUAUUCACAUGCUUUAUGCCAUAUGCCAUCACCAUAGAAGUCAAUGAUGAUUUUUGCAAAAUAAAAGAUCUUGGAAAGCCUCCUUAAAUUACCAGAGAAUAGAGAGUGUGCUGACUGCAAAAGCAAGUAGGUAUCCGGGCGCAACAUGUAUUGUGUAUAAGAAAUAAUAGGGCCUCGAUGGGCUAGCGUGAAUCUAGGAAUCUUCAUAUGCAUGCAGUGUUCAGGUAUCCACAGGAGUCUAGGAGUACACAUAUCAAAGGUUAGAUCUGCCACUUUAGACACAUGGCUUCCAGGGCAGAUUGCAUUUAUUCAAUCUAUGGGGAACGAGAGAUCGAAUAACUAUUGGGAAGCAGAGUUGCCUCCUAAAUAUGACAGAGUUGUACUUGAGUAUUUCAUUCGGGCAAAAUAUGAAGAGAAGAGAUGGGUUCCUAGGGAUGGAAAAGCCAAAUCACCUUCAAGGGUGAAUGGAGAGAAGACUCCAACAAGAAGUAGUGGUCAUGGCCAAAUGAAUGACACUAACCAUGUUUUAGAGGAGAGGAAAGUUACUCGUCCACCCAUUACCAAUGGCAGAAGUCCUUCUUCCAAAAGUUCCACUCCAGUGCCUGUUAAAGCUUCCACUCCAUUGCCUGUUAAAGCAUCCAGUCCAUUGCCUGUUAAAGCUUCCACCCCAUUGGCUGUUAAAGCAUCUCAAAAGGCGGCACAUGACAACAAAUCAAAAGAACCUGUGCAGAAGUCAGAACCAGCGGCCCCAAAAGCUGAAUUGGCAAAGAAGGAAGAAAGUGCAACCAAAGUUGUAACACUUCCAAAAGUUGAUUAUGCAACUGAACUUUUUAAUUUGCUUUGCAUGGAUGAUUCUAGGGAGAGUGAUUCCACGACUCCUGCUCAUGAUAAUGGAUGGGCCAGUUUCCAAACUGCUGAUGCAAAAUCUACACCAGAGAGAAGUAGUUCAUCAAACUUUAUUGAAAGCAUGACACAAUCGAACUUAACUUCACCAUCUUUGGAGAAACCCCUAAAGGCUGUGAAUAAUGAUAUCAUGAACCUCUUCGACAAGUCCAGUAUGGUGUCUCCAUUUUCUGUCCAUCAACAGCAACUUGCAAAAAUGUUAUCCCAACAACAACAAUUCAUUAUGGCUACUGCAGCAGGGUCUGGCAAUGGAUCCCACACCGUUCCUUUAAAAUCACAUAGACCCAGUUCCAAUGGCAUUCACUUACCUGCUCAGAGUUGGGGAAGCUAUGGCUAUCAAGUUCCUGGGAUGGUGAUGCCAAUCACUGAUUCACAAAAAUAUAUGCAGAUGGGAAGCAGCCAACAAGUGUAUUCUGCAGGGAACCCAAUUAAUUUUCCGAUAUCAAGCAUGUAUAGGCCCGGUCCAGUAGCUCCAAUCAAUGGCAUGACAAAGACCAAAGCAACUAUGCCUACUCCAGCAUUCCCAGUUGCUCCAACUCAGCCUGCAGGGUAUUACGAUCUCUCAUCAUUAGCGACGUAUACAAAACAGUGAUCGAUUGCCUAGACAUUUUCUCUCCAUUAAAGUAGUUAAAUCAUGGGAAAAUUCGCAUUCAUAUUACCUCGCAUGAACUCUCAUCCAAUUACUUGUUGGGGGUUACUGCCUAGGUUUGUAUUUAUUUGUAUUAUUGCCAUCAUUGGUUUAAUAAAGUUGGUUUCAUAUUGAAUAA